ACAUGGAAAGCACUCCGGUUGAAAUUUUCAAAGAAGACAAUAAGUGCCUGUCCACGCUGCUGGAAGACUGUGCAGUGAAUUCUUCAUCCUGGGUGUCCGGAUACUCAGACAGCCGCAAUGUGACCCACGAUGAUAGCUGGGAGCAGGAGGGCAUGUCUCCCAUCAUCCCCAUCAUCACUGCAGUCUACUCUGUGGUGUUUGUGGUCGGCUUGUUGGGCAACUGCCUCGUCAUGUAUGUGAUCAUCAGGUACACAAAGAUGAAGACAGCCACCAACAUUUACAUUUUCAACCUAGCCCUCGCUGACGCCCUCGUCACCACCACAAUGCCCUUCCAGAGCACAGACUACCUGUUGAACACCUGGCCCUUCGGUGAGGUGGUGUGCAAAGUCUUCAUCUCCAUCGACUACUACAACAUGUUCACCAGCAUCUUUACUCUCACCAUGAUGAGCGUGGAUCGCUAUGUGGCCGUGUGCCACCCGGUGAAAGCCCUGGACUUCCGCACUCCGAUCAAAGCCAAGAUGAUCAAUGUGUGCAUCUGGAUCCUGUCGUCAGCUGCGGGGAUACCUGCUUUUGUUCUGGGUGGCACCCAGACGAAGAGCGACAUAACUGAGUGUGCCUUACAGUUCCCAGAGCCGUACGUGUACUGGGACACACUGAUGAAGAUAUGUGUGUUUGUCUUUGCCUUCGUCGUGCCUGUGCUCAUCAUCACCGUGUGCUACUCCCUCAUGGUCCUGAGGCUGAAGAGCGUCCGAAUGUUGUCCGGCUCACGGGAAAAGGACCGCAACCUGCGCCGGAUCACGCGGCUGGUGGUGGUCGUGGUGGCCGUGUUUGUGGUCUGCUGGACGCCCAUUCACAUUUUCAUCCUGGUCAAGGCGCUCGUCAGUGUUCCCGAAACCACCGCCAUCAUGGCCGCGUACUUCUUCUGUGUGGCUCUGGGCUACACAAACAGUAGCCUCAACCCUGUCCUCUAUGCCUUUCUGGAUGAGAACUUCAAACGCUGCUUCAAAGACUUCUGCCUCUCGGCCAAACUGAAGGGGGACAAGGUGUCAGGGAGCAAGAAGAACCCCAGCACUGUGCGGGAGGCCGCUGUUCCCCUGGAGAACCCAGAUGGGACUAGGAAGCCCACAUGACUAGCAGUGGAACUGUCUUCAAUUUCCCACAUUGGAAAGGAAGACUCGCAUGACCUGGGCCUAACCCAUGUCACAUCAACAAUGUAGACUAGUUUUGAGAAGUUCACUCGAUUUAUUUUCAUUAUCACCUGGGGGUUCAACCAGUGCCAACACUGAUAUGAUUUCAUUUCAGAGAUCAAAGAAAAGUUACGCAUUAUAAAUUGUAUUUCAUAUUUUCAAAAAACACCAAGCUCCUCCGCAUGACAAUAACUUCACAACUUCCCCUUUGCUGUGACUUUUUCUCACUCUGAUUCAUUUUUAUUCCUCUUGGCAGUUGGCAAGAAAAUGUGGUUAAAGCUGUAAAAAAGAUCAAAUGUGGCGGCAUCUAUUUUCUAACCAUCUUCUGUCCUUAUAUAUAACAUAUAUAAUUAAGAAAGGACUGCUCGUUGAUUAUAUAUAGAUUACAAUGAU